AUGGAUAACCUCUCCUCCCCGCCAUGCCACCAGUUGACAUCUUGUCCUGAGCUGAACUUUACCUUGGUGGAGAGAGUCGAGCGUUUCGUCAGAAGCGCCCCACGUUGCGACAGAGAGGAAGUUGAUACUCAGGUGCAGUUCACAGGGUUGAAGAAGAGCUAUGUUGGACUGGUCUUGGAGGCUGCGAGGGAACUGGUGACGGCUGCGCACCAGGAGCCCGAAGAUGGGACAUACCCUCACAGUCAGCCAAAGGCUCACCGCUCUGAAUCGGGAUCCGAUCUUGCCUUCGAGAAGGCUUGUCACCAACCUGACCAGCGGCCAGCGGGCGACAUCAUCAUGGAGAAGCGUUCUCCACAUCCCGCUGUUGAGCAUCAAGGUCCGCGCGACUACCGCCUCCUUAACGAGGCCUUCCAGAACUCGGAUGUUACAGACGCCCUUCGCAACUCCGGAAUGGUCCCACAGUCUUCUCCCGGGCUUGGAGACGGAGCAAACAGCCCGCUCCGGCAGCAGACCAUUGAUGGAAAUGGACUUCCUGCUUCUGGCUUGCAGCAACGCCUGCUCGUGGACGGCCUCCGAUCAUUGAGCCUACGUCCCAUGGACACGACCAACACCACGUCCAAAGCCAGCGCCAAUCAACAUGGAGCCUCCUCCUCAGCACAGAUGCUACCUCACUACACUUCCGCAGCCAGCUCUAUGGCCGCCGCAGCCGCCAGCGACGACGCCCUCCACUCUCCCAGCUUGCCCUCUCCGCUGCCCAGCGACUACGGUCUCCCAACUGCAGAGCAACUGGCAGAGCAGCGUCUUCUCCUGACCCGAUCGUCGCUGGACGGUGUCGACAAGGAGAGUGUGAGAUUUUGGCCCAUCGAGCCGCACCAUUCCUCCCCCAACGACUGGAAUCCGGAGAUCGCUGAGAAGGCGUGUUCUGAAGAGCGUCCCCUGAAUAGUGCCGCCGAGGCCAAGCCUGCAGACCAGGGCUGUCGUCACUUCCCAGCCAAUAAUACGAUGGGAUUCAGCGCCGCCGACGACGCCCAAUCCGGACAGCAUGCUCCCUCUCUGGGUGAUUGCAACUCCAAGGAUGAUUCCAACUUUCAGGAUGAGGAAGCACAGACGAUUGCCCAUCGCCUGCGUGAGCUCGACCAGCAGAUCGACGAGGGAGAGGAGAACCUCAAAGUCUGGCGGAAAUUCGUUACGGAGAUCGCUGAGGCUUUGGCUGGGAUGGAGGCGGAGAUGCAAGCUCAUGUGCGGUCCUGA